AUGGUGAAAGCCUUGCAUAAUGCUGGAAUUGAGGUUUAUUACAUGCUCGAUGUUGACAACAAUUCUCAAUUGCUUAAUUUCUCUGGAUGUGCAAUAGCUGAUUUCCUUCCAUACAGCAUCCAUAGAGUUUUACAAGAUGCGGGUGUUGCAAAGCAGAAAUCAUGCCUAUCUCAUCCACAAACUGAUACAGCAUCCAUAGAGCUUUACAAGAUGCGGGUGUUGCAAAGCAGAAGUCAUGCCUAUCUCAUUCACAAAUGGGCAAAAGCUCUUGCGGAGAAAAAUAUGCGUGACAUUCUUGUUCAAGGGGAGCAAGCAGAGAGAAAUGUAAAAUAUCUGUUCACAGUUCAGAAACUCAAGGAUUUUCAGACAGCUGCUCUCAAGGCCAGGAAUGGCUACGACUCAUUCCAUAUUGCUGCUAAGCAGGGCCAUCUUGGUAAGCAUUUGAUUUGAUUUGAUUUAUU